UGGCACGGACUUUAUAUCUCAGGCGCAUCUGCAACUGCGGACCACACAACAGCUCUGCUCUUUGGUGCCGGGAUCUUGAAUAGGCGUGUUUCCCACCGUGUAGCGCAGGCUUUUCAAACCAGUCGUAAGUUUCGUCGCCCGUCUUUUCGAUUUUUCUCGCCUGGCCAGGACUCGUCGCAGGUAUGAUGUACGAAGGAAGUGAGGACUAUAUCAGCCAACGGGCCAGGGCGCACGCCUUUGCCCUUAACAGCAUUGUGCCACCGCCACCUCGGAGUUUCCCGUACCCUGGUCUGCCCAUGCAGCCGCCUAACCAUAACGCUCUUUCUUUCUCCGGAAUGUCAGAGAGGAGUUCGCACUUCGGCGAUUUCACUCCACUCCCAGGUCCGAAUGACCACAAGUCAGCAGCCGCUGCAGCAGCUACCCAGCAGAUGAUGGCCGCAGCGGCAGCAAUGCGCCAACCGGACAUCUCCAUGUCCUCCUCACCAGCCAAGGACAUCAAAGUCACCCUGGAGGGACGUGAACUGUGGCAGAAAUUCCACGAGAUCGGGACUGAAAUGAUCAUAACCAAGGCUGGCAGACGCAUGUUCCCAACAUUCCGAGCCACCCUAACAGGCCUGGACUCCAACGCCAAGUACAUCCUCCUAAUGGACAUCGUCCCUGUUGACGACACCAGGUACAAGUACCACAACUCCGAAUGGGUGGUAUCCGGGAAAGCCGAGCCCCACAUGCCUAGCCGGCUUUACAUCCACCCGGACUCGCCGGCAACUGGAGCUGUCUGGAUGAAACAGGUAGUCACAUUCAACAAGCUUAAACUGACCAACAAUAACCUGGAUCAACACGGACACCAGAUUAUUUUAAACUCCAUGCACAAGUACCAGCCUCGCUUUCACAUUGUCCAGGCCAAUGAUGUUUUCAGUCUGAGAUGGAAUUCGUUUGUGACGUUCGCUUUCCCGGAGACGACCUUCAUUGCCGUUACUGCUUACCAAAACGAAAAGAUUACCCAGUUGAAGAUUGAUCACAACCCAUUUGCAAAGGGCUUCCGGGACAACGGUAUGGCAAGAAAGGGGUCGAGGUUAGCUUUGAAGAGAACGACAUCGACAAAAAUAGAAGAUCUCGAUGACAAACGAGACUGCAACCCGAACGACAACUCAAAGGCAUCAGAUCACACCAUCUUGAAAAAGGAAAAACACGAUAGUAGCUCGUCUCCCAUUGGCUGUGAACUCGAUGCUGGUGGCACAACCUCCAAUCACCAGCCGCGAGACACGAGCAACCGUGGUCUGGACGACGGACUUUUUGGUUGCGACCCACUCAGCGCUGGAGAUGGUGAUUUGACGCGUGUCGACGAGGCGGGGACCUCACACUGUCACAAAGGAGGAAUGCCCAAACCGAGCGCUAGCAUGGGCCACACCCUGCAUAAAUCCAGAGCAGGAAUGGGCAGCGGAGGGCUUAGCGUUGACGCUGAGGGAAACUGCACGGAUGCGCGUUUAUCAGACUAUACGGGCACAACAAGCAGCGGUGUGGUCGACCAACUCUCCCCGUGUUAUUCGCAAGAUCACGGCGGGGUCAUGACUGACGAUCAGGGUUUAUCAUCAGCACAGCCAGCUACGGCCCUCGCCGUAGCCCAGCUAGCAAAAGACAGUGUACACGGGCAGGAUUACCGCUCACUUUCAAUGUUCUCAGUGUCAAACCAAAACCAGUGCAUGGGACAGACGGUUCACCCUCUGCAGAGUACAUCCAAUAUGUACAUGCAGAGUUGUGAACCACAUAUGUAUAACUCGGGUGGGUACCAUCACACAGGUACGACCAUGGCAUCAAGUAUGGCACACCUUCAUGCGCAACAGGCGCAGGCGCAUGCCGUCAGACAUCUUGCUGCACAGCAGAAUAUCCCGGCAUGUAAUGGGAUGACGUCACUGCACGGACCGUCGCAAUUCCUGCAUGGGGGUCAUACGAGUACCUCCUCGGAUGCGAUGGGGCUGAACUCAAAUGUUUACAUGUCCAAUCAUUUCUCGGGCCACUCUGUGAAGUUCCCUAUGUGACUAUGCUAACACCCCACACACACCCCUCACGUUACCCUGAUUAAUGGACUGGUACCCCGCAGGCACCCUAAUGGAAAGUCACCAUCCUGAUUUUUGUGUUCAGCACGACGGGAGCACCAACGAAACCUCCUUGGUUGCAAUACAAAGAACUCAUUUGUAUAAUGAAUUACUAUUAUAUAGAUAUUGUUUUCUCGUUUCUUUCGAUUACAACAUCAUUGCUAUUGUUUUGACCAAGACUAAAAUUAGAAGUUAAACAGUAGGCUACUUAUACAUCAUUAUUUAUUACAUGUUAAACCAUGAUUAAGGUAUCACAUAAAGAUUUGCUCUCAGUGUUGUCAAGCCAAGUUUUGAACGGCAACUAAAAUAAUUUACAACCAAACAUAAACAUGUUCUAACGCUUGUAAGAGAUGGAACAUUAUUACACUUUAACACCCAUAAGCCUUUCAGCUUUAUACUUCAUGAUUAUUUUGUCAGCUGCAUACAGUUAAGUCAAAGGGCGCCCUCAGUGUUAUGUGCGUGGAAAGGACGUGCCAACAAUACACGCACAUGUUUUUGUAUAACUCAAAGGGGGCACAUCCUAAAAACCUCUCAUAAUUUGUUGAUUGGUAUUUAAAUGCUUUCUAUAGAAUUGAUCCUCCACAAAAGACAUAAACUGUGGUAAAAUUAGUGACAAAUCUUACUCUUCGAUACGACAAGCGGUCCGCUAUUGAGUUAAAGUGGUUUGAAUUAGAGGACUGUGCUAUCUGUAAUGAAAUUACAUCAAAAACACAAUUUCAAGGGAUAUUAAAUGAAAGUAAUUAUAUUCUAACACAUGGAAAUUCUACUUUUAAAAUAUCUUUCCCAACAUUCAUUUCAGUACAAUUGCUAUUAUUGUCCAUGGCCCCAAUUCAAAGGCAAAGUGCCCCUGGCCUCAUAAAAUGUUGAGAAUUUGUUAUCAAACUAGGACAGUUUGUAUAAAAAGAAUGGUGAAUAUCAAACUCGAAUUGGCGGCUACAACUACGGCCAAGUCUACGGCUAGGGCGUCCUUAGCAACACUCUUAGCAACAGCCGUAGUCAUAUAGCUGUGUUAUCCGCCAAUUCGAAUACGACCUCACACUGUAUUGUUGUUAUUGUUUCAAGUUAUGUAUUUUUUUGUAUAAUAUAUUUGUGAAUUAUUGAUAUUUGUAUAUUUUGGC